CCGUGCGCGUGGUGGGAACGGUAGCAAGAUGGCGGCGCUGAAGGAGGAGCAGUGCUACGGACUGUCCUGUGGAAGAGUGAGCAACGGUAGCAAUGUAUCCGUCUUUCACGUUAAACUCACUGACAGCGCACUGAGAGCGUUUGAAGGCUAUCAGAGCAACAAGGUCCUGUCAUCACAACCAUUGAUCAGAUUUAAUGGAAACCAAGGGAAAAUUUCUAUACCACGGUCAGAAAAUUCCAGUGAACUGCAAACGUUUACUUUCUACUUGUCAAAUGUGGGCAGAGAUAACCCCCAGGGCAGCUUUGACUGCAUCCAGCAGUUCAUCACCAGUGAAGGGAGCAUUCAGCUGGAUUGUUUGGGUGGGAUCCAGGACAAGAUUACAGUAUGUGCCACAGACGACUCCUACCAGAAGGCCAGAGAAAGCAUGGCCCAGGUUGAGGAGGAGACUCGCAGUAGGAGUGCCAUUGUCAUCAAGCCUGGGGGAAGAUAUGUAGGCAAGAAGGUUCAGAUCCGGAAACCGGCACCUGGCCUCUCAGACAUUGCCCCAUUACGGAGAACGUCUCGGCCUGUCAUCAUCUCUAGCAGUACUCUAAAGAAAGCCACGACUCAGCACAGGCCGCUCCGAGAGCGCCUCAUACACCUGCUGGCCCUCAAGCCUUACAAGAAGCCUGAGCUGAUCCUGAGGUUGCAGAAAGAUGGCCUCUCACAAUUAGACAAAGACUCCCUGGACAGCCACCUGCAACAGGUGGCAAACCUAAAUGGGAGAGACAACACCUUCACAUUGAAGGACUUUUUGUAUAAGGAAAUUCAGAAGGACUGGCCGGGCUAUACAGAGGGAGACCAGCAGCUUCUCAAGAGAAUCUUGUUCAGGAAACAGUGCCAGGCCCAGAACAGCUCUGCCCCUCCACCUGAGAGCCCGCCCAAAGAACUAGCGAGCAGCUCGCCCUCUCAGAAACGGCCUGCUGCUGACUUCAUUGACCCUCUUGUCAACAAAAAGCCCAGGAUAUCGCACCUCGCCAGCAAGGCUGCAACAGCCCCGGUUAAUGGCAAGCUCAGCUCCUCAAACGGGAGAGGCGAGGCGGGAGGAGCACAGGCAGAAGUGGUUUCUAUGUCAGAUGGCGGCAUGUCGUCCAGCUCCCAGCAGCUCCCUGUGCUGGACAUACCUCGUCCUUUUGAAGCGCUGUCAGACGUCAGUAAUGACUCCAGCCACAAUGGGAGAGAUUGUGACUCUCAGGAAACAGCAGUGUCCGAGAGGCUCAGCCAACCUCCUUCACUCUUCUCUGUCUCAGCGGUGCUCACCGCACCAAGCAUCGGCACAUCAUCUCCUGGACACUCGGUGCUAGAUGGCCCUCGGGACAAAAGUCUUUCAUCCUUAAACAGCAAGUCCAGGAAGAAGUCAAAAAAGCAUAAAGACAAGGAGAAGAGCAAAGACAGGGAGCGGGCAAGAGAGAAGGAGCAAGAGAAGGAGAAGGAGAAAGAGAGGAAGAGUCGUGAGGAACGUGUGCCUGAGCCUAAUAAAGCCUGUGAGAUAAGCCCAGGAAACCUCAAAAGCAACAGUAUUCCACACAAAAGCACAGAUCUGAAUGGAAUGUGCAACAGUACCAGUAUUCCUUCAUCAUCACCUGAGGUGGCAGACUAUUUAUUGAAGUACACUGUAAUCGGCUCUCCAGAGCAGCGCCAGAGGUAUAAAAACGAUUUCAACGCCGAGUACAGUGAGUACCGAGGUCUGCAUGCUCGGAUAGAGGGCAUCACCCGGCAGUUCACUGUGCUCGACAAUGAGCUCAAACAACUCCAGCAAGGCACAGACAAGUACAAGACAAUCCACAAUCAGAUACUUCAAGAAUAUCAUAAAAUAAAAAAGACUAAUCCAAACUAUAGCCAAGAGAAGAACCGCUGUGAAUAUCUACACAACAAACUGGCACAUAUAAAGAGACUUAUUGCAGAGUACGAUCAACAGCAACUUUAAAAAUAGUUAUUAGACAUCGUUUCCCUGUUAUCUCUGGAAACCAAGCAGAUAAAGGAAAACUCUGGAUUCCGCUUGUGCUAAAAAAAAAAAAAAAAAAAAUGUUCUCAUGAAAGAUGCCAUGAAGGGAGUAUUUCCCUCAUUGGGGCCAAAGGCUCUAAUGAGGACUAAGCAGGACACAUGAUCUCUUUUUCUCUCUCUUUCCUUUGUUUUCUUUUUCCUUUUGGUAGAUGGGGUUGAGCCUGGUGUGGCCAGGUCCAUCUGUGUAGUUACAAUGCAUCCAGAAAGAAAGGUUCUGUGUGGCUUUGUUUUUUUUUUGUUUGUUUUUUUUUUUUUUUUUCCAACAGCCCACCCUGCUUAUAGUGCACAGAGGUCUGAAAGAGUCAACAUGGACAGUUUUCUACUUUCUUUGGAAACAUCCAAAUAAUCUUUCCUGCUUUUGAAACUGGAGGGAAGGGGACACUGAGAUGAAAACUGCAGAGUGUAUGCCAAAAGCAACUAAUUUGUUUUCGUGUAAGAAAAAUUAAGUUAAUGAUACAAAGGUUUUUCCCCAUAUACUGAAACGAAUGGUUGGGAUGUUUAUUUUUCUGUCAUUCAUUUUAUUUAUUUUUGACACUUAACUGGGGGGAAUGAGUCUGUUUUACACUCCUCAAGACCAGUACUUAAAAGCUGUCUCUCUUAUUUUUUUUUGUCCUCACGUCUUGAAUGUCAGCCAGUAUUUUAUUCAGAAGCUGCCUUGCCCAUCUAAUCGUCAAUCUGUUGGCAUUAAUUAUUUCUUUUCUCUUUUAAAGAAAUGCAAAUAUUACUAUUGAUUAAAUCAAAACAAUGCCUCUAAAUGCACACAGUCAGACGCAGUUUGUGCGCUUGGCUUUUCUUUUCUAAAAUCAUGUGCAGAUGUCUUAACAAUGGGGACGUGUGAAAGUUUCCAGUCAGUCUAGAGCUGUUGAUCUUCUUUGAACACAGUCUCAUCACUCAGUCAUGACGAGCUGCAGUGCUUGUUCACCAGUUACAGCAGUGGUCCUAACUUAUGGUCCAUCAUAUUCUAUCUGUAUUAAGCUCUUCAUUGGUUAUUUUUACGAGUUUAGUUUGGGAUGGCUUUUGUAGCAAUAGAAUUAUUCAGUUAUCUGAAGAGUUCAUUGCCAGUUCUACUCUUCAUCACACUAUGGAAGAUCCUCUAAUUGUAAGAUGAUGCAGACAGGGGAUUCGGAUCCACAGGCUUUUUCUUUUUCAUCAUCAAAGUGUUCAAACCAUUUAGGUUGAUCCACAGAUCUGAAUACCUUAGGUUUCCAUCCUUGCCAAUUUUAGUUAUGUUAACAACAGUGUUUACAGUGUCUAUUAGAAGAUCAAAUUUUCUUGUUCUGUCUGCUCAUCGACCCACAUGAUAGUCCAUUUGAGACGACUGUUAAGAUGAAGCCAUCUUUGAUCAUCUUCCGAGUGGAGACUGGUGGGCCUCCUCCUCAGAGAGGGAAUGCUCACGUGUGACCACUUUUUGCCUUUUCAAAUGUGAUGUCAGAUACUCUGGAGGAUGACAUGAAAAUCCAUCUCCUGGAUCAGCUCUACUCUCUGAGAAGUGUCGCAUCAAGACGGAGUCACUCAACUUAUCCGAAGACGAAUUAGAAAUGCUGUUUCAGAAGUCAAGUUUAGUCAGCAAAUGCAUUUCUUAUAUCGAUCUUUUUAUGUGAAUAUGAAAAAUCAGCACUUUUUCUCCUGAUCUUGCUGUUACCUGGGGGUUUUGUCCAAAUGACACUUUUCUCUUUGUCCAUCAGCGUGCAUGCUUUAUGAAUGUGUUACAAUGAACAGUCUUUAUAUCUUUACUUGAAAAAAACUGCCCAAGGAUAUCAGAAUCCAAGCAAUGGCCUAGUCCAACCGAGUUCAUAUGUAAUCAUUAGACAUGGCUGUGACCAGCAUGUAUACCAAAGUGCUUACUGAGUCGGAUGAAACGAAACGUGCUACCAAAUGUUGGCAAAGGAACAUGUCACAGUAUUCUGUAGUUUCUGUUAUCAUUUCUAUUGUCCAUGUAGUUCAUCAUCCAGUGGAAACUUUCUCAGUGUUUUCUUGUGAGAAGUCAAAGGAGGCUCCUUUACUUCAGAUCGGAUUUGCAUGAUUGGGCUCAAGUGUUUUUAAUGUUAUGUCCGGUUUAAGAUGAUAUCAAUCUCCUAUUUCAAACACUACAUCUAGGCCAGACUCACCACAGCAAUGCUGCCUUGGUCGAGACUUGAGACUGAGACUGAAUCUGGGACUUGACGUCUGGGCAGGAGCAGACGUUGAUGUCUUGUCACCAGAAUCAACACUCAGCAUCGCCCAGUACUGCAACCUUUAACAAGAAAGACGCUUUUCAUCAAUUCUUACUGUACCUUGAUUUCUAGAAGCAUUCUGAUAUGAUUACUGUAUUGCACCUCCUAUUAUGGUCAAAAUCCAUCAGGAAUGAGUUCAUUCAGUAAACACAUUUUGCUCUGAUGGAGAGCAAACUGUUUGAAAGAAACGAAAUGCCAGCACAAGCGUACCAUUGUAUGAGUUGAUUGUGCCAAAAUGACCUGUUGUAUAGGGGUUUUUUUUUCUUUCAUUUUCUUUGAGUAUAUACAUGCUGCUGUAUAAGCAAAGAGGGCUUUGGAGAAGAGUCAUGAAAUGUUGGCGCUAAAACCCAAAGCACGCUUUUUGAAAACCAUAAGGGACUGGGACUGAAAUUGAUCCUUGUUUCAAUAAAAUUCUUUAAAAUCCUUAUUUGUGAAAUUCUGAA